AUGGAGAUACGUCACUCGUCGUGGAAGUCGAAGAAAGUAUCCUCUGACAACGGGGGCCUCCUUGGAGAUAUUAAGCCCGGACCGGACACAGACCAGAAAUUGCUUUUUCAUCCUAGAUUCAGAGGUUCCGGCGCCUUCUUCCUUAGGGGCUUACGAUUCGAGAUCGGAUCUGGAGGUACCUGCGCCUUCGUCCUCUGUUCUGUCUCCCUCUUCGGUGGCUUCUUCCUCGGGUUCAGAUCCUCAGAGCUCCCACCCUCAUCAGACCGUGAGGCUGCCUGA